UGCAGGGCAGAGCUGAGCCCCCAGGGCUGGGCUGGGCUCUGGCAGCACUGGCAGGGCCCAGCCCUGGGCACAGGGAAGCAGCAGCUGGCAGGGAGAGCUCCAGGCAGCAGAGCCCUGGGCAGGCAGUGGGGGGAAAGUGACACCAAGCUGGGCUGGGAUAUUUCAAGUCAUCUCCAAACCAAACUAUUCCAUGAUUUCUUUUUAUUUUACAGGUCCCCAUGCCAAGACACAGCAAAUGUCCAACAGCAGCUCCAUCAGGCACUUCCUCCUGCUGGCAUUGGCAGACACGUGGCAGCUGCAGCUCCUGCACUUCUGCCUCUUCCUGGGCAUCUCCCUGGCUGCCCUCCUGGCCAACGGCCUCAUCAUCAGCGCCGUAGCCUGCGGCCACCACCUGCACACCCCCAUGUUCUUCUUCCUGCUCAACCUGGCCCUCACUGACCUGGGCUCCAUCUGCACCACUGUCCCCAAAGCCAUGCACAAUUCCCUCUGGCACACCAACAACAUCUCCUACUCUGCAUGUGCUGCUCAGCUCUUUUUCUUUGUGUUCUUCCUCUCAGCAGAGAUUUCCCUCCUGACCAUCAUGAGCUACGACCGCUACGUGUCCAUCUGCAAACCCCUGCACUACGGGACCCUCCUGGGCAGCAGAGCUUGUGCCCACAUGGCAGCAGCUGCCUGGGCCAGUGCCUUUCUCUAUUCCCUGCUGCACACAGCCAAUACAUUUUCCCUGCCCCUGUGCCAGGGCAAUGCCCUGGGCCAGUUCUUCUGUGAAAUCCCCCAGAUCCUCAAACUCUCCUGCUCACACUCCUACCUCAGGGAACUUGGGCUCAUUGCAGUUAGUGCCUGUUUAGGACUUGGUUGUUUUUUGUUCAUUGUUUUCUCCUAUGUGCAGAUCUUCAGGGCUGUGCUGAGGAUCCCCUCUGAGCAGGGACGGCACAAAGCCUUUUCCACCUGCCUCCCUCACCUGGCUGUGCUCUGCUUGUUUGUCAGCACUGGUGUAUUUGCCUACCUGAAGCCCCCCUCCAUCUCCUCCCCAUCCCUGGAUCUGGCCCUGUCAGUUCUGUACUCAGUGGUGCCUCCAUCUUCUUUGACAAUUCUCUUGAUCUGA